UGUAAACAGGAAGACAAAAACCCUAUAAAGAAGCACAAAUUAGAAGUAAUAAUCAUUUGCGACUUGAUCAACAACAUGGGGUCGUGCCAGAGUAACGAACUGGUGACAGACAGCUCUCAGUUUGAGUACCAGAUCGGUGUGAAAACCGGGGACCGCAAGGGGGCGGGUACGGACGCCAACGUAACAGUUGUUCUUCAUAACGAUGACGGACAGUCAACAGGCCAACUUCAUCUGGACAAAUUCCUAAAAAAUGACUUCGAAAAGGGCAAAAAGGAUUGCUUUAAAGCGGUAGCGUCUUUUAUGAGCGUGAUUGACUUCAUAGAAGUAUGGCGAGAUGAUGGUGGAUUAAAAGAUGAGUGGUUCCUCGUGUCGAUGGAAGUGUACUGCAAGUUCUCAAACAAAACCUACGUGUUCCCUUUCUUACGCUGGAUAAAAGAGGGUUACCAUUACAAGAUCCGCCAUCUUGACACGUCACUUCCACAACAUGACCCUCAAAAGGAACAGCGGCUUAUGGAGCUGAACGAUAAAAAGUCGACCUACCAGAUGACGGUCAGAAUUCCAGGGCUCCCGAUACAGGCGAAGGAAGUACCAGAAGAUGAAAAGUUUUCCUCUGACUACCAGUUUGAUCUGGUGAAACUUGCUGCAGAGAUUACAAUUAAAGGCGAAAUCGUGAAGGUUGUGAGUGGUGACUGGGACAACCUAGAUGACCUUGGAAACAUCUAUAAGUCAGAUGUAUUUUCCAAGCCUUCGCCUCUGGCGGAUGGUAUGUGGGAUACAGACGAACAUUUUGGAUUCCAGCGGAUUGGUCGGAUCAACAAUUCACUAAUCACACUCUGUACAGAGAUUCCAAACAAACUUGCUGUGACUGCAGAAAUGCUUAAACCCUUCUUAGAAGGCUCCACACUGCCAGACGUCAUCUCCAAGAGGAAGCUGUUUUAUGUCGAUCUCGCCAUUGUGGAAGGAAUACCCGUAAAAAGUGGAUUAACAGUUUGUGCCCCGAUCGCCUUAUUCUACCACAACAAAAAGUCUCGCUUGGUUCCCAUAGCGAUACAAUUGAAGCAGCAGUCCGCGGACGACAAUCCAGUGUUUCUUCCCUCUGAUCCAAAAUAUACCUGGCUGGCGGCGAAAAUGUGGUUUAACCUUGCAGAUGCUUCCUAUCACGAGUCAAACACUCACUUAGGAUUCACUCACCUGUUGAUGGAAGGAUGUGCUCUGGCCACGCACAGGAACCUUUCUCAAUCCCAUCCCAUCUUCAAAUUACUGGCGCCACACUUCCUCUAUCUCAUCGCCAUUAACGGAUUAGCACUGACAACCCUGAUCGAUUCGGAUGGCUGGGUUCAAAAUACGAUGGCAAUAGGUAUUGAUGGCAUGUUUGAACUUAUCAAAAGAAAACUGGACACCUGGAGGCUGGAUGUCGAUGGAACUCUACCUAAGGAACUGGAGACACGAGGGGUAUUGGACCAGGCAGUGCUGAAGGGCUACCACUACAGGGAGGACGCUCUGCCACUGUACAACAUUAUCAAAAACUACGUCACCAAAUACGUCAAACUUUACUACGAAAGCCCCGCGACAUACUCGGGGGAUCACGAGAUCCAGGCUUGGGCACAGGAGUUGGUUAAGCCGAGGUCAGAGGGUGGUUGUGGCCUGCUGGGUGUCCCAGGAGAAGGAACUAUAGCUAACGAGAAAGACCUUGUGUGCAUUUUGACGUGCGUUAUUUUCACGGGCAGUGUCACUCAUGCAGCAGCAAACUUUGCACAAUACGACGAAUACGGUUUUCCGCCAAACUACCCCAUGACUAUGAAAGGGAAGCCACCCACCGACAAGAGUGCAUUGACGGAGUCCUGCAUCUUGGAGGCUCUUCCAAACAAGGCUGCGACUUUCGAGAUAAUAACCAUCACUAAACUUCUCAGCACGUACGACACUAACAAGCUUGGGGACUACGAGAUGAAAUACAUUUAUGAUCCAAAAGCUGAACAAGUUUUGCAACAAUUUCAGAAAGAGCUCGCCGAACAGAGCAAGCGGGUUCAAGCACUGGAGAAAAAACGUGAAUACUCCUUCAAAUGGCUAGAUCCGGACAUCGUUCCAAACGCUAUCAGCAUAUAACUCUAAAUAGUGUCAACGUUAUCUGAUUAUACCAUGAUGUGCGCAUUGUCAAUAUUGUCCGGAAGGGUAUUGAUUUCGAUGUUAACAUAUAAUACAGUUUCUCGAAUCGAAGUUAUUUAUAAAUGGCACGAGAAAAAACGGUACAUAAAGAUCACACCGAAUUUAAACUGAUCAAACACAUUGAAAUAUAUAUAACUUGCUAAAAAGGCUUGAUAUUCAAUGCUACAAACCGUUUGGGAAAUGGCAAAUUUGAUUGACAUUUGUGUUCGUAUCAGGUGUCUAUAUACACUAUGUUUAUCAUGUAUGAUUGUUCCAGUAAAUGGUUGUUUAUUCGGAGACCUGCAUAUCAUACAAAUUUCAGAAGUAAACAUAACAAAUACAUACGAGAUAAAAAGUAUAAAAUAAAUGAAAAUGAGCACUAUAGAUACAUAGAUAUCAGGAAUCCAAUUGUUAGUUCCCUUUAGAACAUUACAAGAAAAAGAAUAAUAGUAAUUUUAUAAAUUAUAAAUGAAUUUAACUCAAAUUAGAAAACUUUAUUGUGAAACUGAAUUCCAUCCUUAAUUAACAUAAACCUAUAUUUUACAUAGACUAACAACUGAAAUAAGAUUGUCCUAAUCAUGAGCUAAUACAUGUAAUGUAUGUAUAAGACAUAUGUUACAGACCUUUUAUGACAUGUCAGCUAUUUUAUUAACAAAUUUUCCCCCCCUCCAGUUAAAGGGUAUUCAUAGUUUUGUAGAGCGCUAUCCUGUGAUCUAUCAGAAGUAUUAACUUAUAAUUCAACUAUAAUUUAUCAUGAUUUCGUUAUUUUCGAAAAUCAGAUUUGUCUUUAUACGUAUUUUAUAUUACAUGAGUACAACAUAUAUGUUAAAAAUAUUACUAUAUAUGCAUUCAAUAUUGUGGGAUGUUUUUGGUAAUCCUUUUUGUACAUAAAAACCAUAUUUAUAUCGAUGUUGAUAGUAUGUCAAUUAGUAACAAAAUGUUAAAACUAGCAACAGUUUGGGCCAUUAUAACAGAGAGUUGGUUGUUUUAUCAGGUAUAUAAUAAAGUAUAUACUUUAUGUUGUAAGUUAUGUCAAUUCUCAACUACACCUGAAAUCAGUGUUGCCUUAUCGUACAACGGGUCAUAAAGAAAUGGGGUGAAGUUUUGUUUUGAAUAAUAUAUUGACAUCGCCGCUUUCUGCGGUCAUUUCCCAAACAGAAAUAUGCAUGAGAAAACAUUGCUAUAAUUGAUUUUGAGCCCGUCACGUAUAUACGCAUCGAUAGAACCCAUUAUUCUAAACAUUCUUGUGAACACAGGUACUUCCAAUACGCACUGGAGAUGAAAAUGAAAAUCGUUUGAUUUUUGUUUUAGUUUUCGUUUUUCUUUGUCUUGUUCAUUGCCUUUGUAAAAGAUGUGCAUUGAUUAGGAUGCCUUACAAGUGUCAGCUGUAGGGACUUUCCGAUUAACUCAGCGGUAGAGCAUUGGGCUGGAGAACCAAUGAUCGCAGGUUCGAGCCCUAGCGACAACACUAUCUUAAUAACUAUUCCGCGUCCUUCUACAAACUGGUUCCGUUGACCCUCCCCGUUCAAGGUGGGAGAACCCUUGACGGGGAGUCAAAGAACAUGGGCUGGUUGUGUUUGAAAAGGGAAGGUGGAAAAUAGUGUAAAAGCUGUGUAUUGAUUAGGUUGCCUUAUAACCGUCAGCUGUAGAAAAUGUCCCUUUAGCUCAGCGGUAGAGCAUCGGGUUUGAGAUCUAAUGGUCACGGGUUCGAGCCCCAUGGCAGCACUAUCUUUAUCACUAUUCUUCGUCCUACUACACCUUUUGUGUCCUAUCUGUUUGACGUUGUAUCUACACCAAUUACUUUUAGCCACUGGUUACACGUUGUGCAUCUGCACGGUAUCUCACGUUGUCCUUUCCUGUCGACGAUGAGUUUCAAAGAGAAACAUGUUAUAUUCGAUGGCCCCUGAAAUAGAACUUAAUCUGUUCACCACAACGUCAACACACACAGACGAAUUUGGAACUCUCUGUCGAUACAGACAGACACCAGCAGGAUAUUUAGAUAUCUUAACCAAAUGUAAUCUUAUACAACUUAUUUAGUAUUCAAUAUAUGUGAUUAAAUAUUGUUUAAGAUGUUACAACAUAUGCCUAGUAUAGUAUUAGUAUUAUUACAUUAGAUUGGUGGAGAUCGCUGAUAAUUAUUUUAUGUAAAGAGACGUAUACGACGACAUACAUUAAGGAUCUGACAUAAGUUCUGGCGAGCUAAAAUGAAAAAUUCGUGACGAGUUUAAUCAAUUUGAUAUGAAAUGAAAACGAGUGUAAGAUACUUUU